GCGUAGAGAUGGCGUAAAACGAACUGAAAACAUGAAAACAUUGAAAAAAGAUUUUUGGUAAAAACUUGGAAUUGUUACUGUGAAUUGUUAUAAUUAAUAAUAUAAACAAGGGUAUUACACUACUUUUUAUAUUAUAGAGAAAAAAAUAUUUGUUUCAUUUAGAUUAAACAUCAAGCGAUAUAAAAAUCCAAAGUAAAAAUGAGUAAUUUUUAACCUUUAUACGUGUACAUCGGAGAUAUGUGAUGUUUUUGCACUGUGUUUUUGCGUUACCGACGUUUUAGUCCAAAUUAUUGACCAUGAAAAUGAUUAUUUCAAAUAAUUGUAAUUUAUUAUAUUAUUUACUGAUGUUAAUAUCGGUUAAUGAAGUUUUUCCCAUAAGAACUUAUACAAAAGAUGAUUUAAAUAAUCUUAGAGACGAAGUUAAAGAAAUGUUUUAUCACGCAUAUGAUAGUUAUUUAAAAUAUGCAUAUCCAUAUGAUGAACUAAGGCCAAUUAGUUGUGAUGGUAUGGAUACAUAUGGGAGUUACUCUUUAACUCUUAUCGAUGCUUUAGAUACAUUAGCUAUAAUGGGCAAUCAUACAGAAUUUCAAAGAGUAGUUGACAUUCUUUCUGCAAAGACUGAUUUCGAUGCAAAUAUUAAUGUAUCAGUAUUCGAAACUAAUAUAAGAAUUAUUGGGGGAUUACUUAGUGCACAUUUAUUGUCAAAUAUAGCUGGAAUCAACUUGGAACCAGGCUGGCCGUGUAAUGGUCCAUUACUACGCCUUGCCGAAGAUGUAGCGAAAAGACUAAUAGUAGCAUUUGACACUAAAACGGGAAUGCCCUAUGGUACAGUCAAUCUUAGGCAUGGUGUUCCAAAAGAUGAAACACCGGUUACCUGCACAGCAGGAAUUGGUACUUUUAUUGUGGAAUUUGGAACUUUGAGCAGAUUAACUGGUGACCCCAUAUAUGAAGAGGUUGCAAUGAAUGCACUGUAUGCACUAUUUAAUCACCAGUCUCCUCUUGGACUGUUUGGUAAUCAUAUUGAUACAAAUACAGGCCGAUGGACAGCUCAAGAUGCUGGCAUUGGCUCAGGUGUCGAUUCUUAUUUUGAAUAUUUAGUCAAAGGCUCUAUUUUGCUACAGAGACCAGAACUUAUGGAAAUGUUCCAUACAUCCAGAAAAGCCAUUGAUAAGUAUUUGAAAAAAGAUGAUUGGUACAUGUGGGUUUCAAUGACAAAGGGGCAUGUUACUUUACCAGUUUUUCAAUCGCUAGAGGCAUAUUGGCCUGGUGUUCUUAGUUUAAUAGGGGAAACAUCUAAUGCAAUGCGAACGCUUCAUAAUUACCAUCAAGUUUGGCAACAAUAUGGAUUUACCCCAGAAUUUUACUACAUAACUCAAAACGAAGCAGGAGCUGGUAAAGAAAGUUAUCCUUUACGGCCAGAACUCAUAGAGUCAAUUAUGUAUCUGUAUAGGGCAACUGGUGAUCCAUUUCUACUUCAAGCUGGGGAAGAUAUACUAAGGAGUAUUAAACAUAGUGCCAAGACACCAUGUGGAUAUGCCACAAUUAAAGAUGUUAGAGAUCAUAGAAAAGAAGAUCGUAUGGAGUCUUUCUUUCUCUCAGAAACCACUAAAUAUUUGUAUCUUCUAUUUGAUGUGGACAAUUUCAUACAUAAUCAAGGAGAACAUGGCACAAUUAUAAAUACUCCAAAUGGAGAAUGUGUAAUAAAUGCUGGAGGAUACAUAUUCAAUACAGAAGCCCACCCCAUCGACCCUAGUGCCUUACAUUGCUGUCACACCAUUCCUAAUCAAAAUUUUGAUUUUAAGACUUUCGAAACAAACAGAGAUUUUUACCAGGGCACGCUUAUCAAGAAAUAUAAAAAAGGAACAUCAGACGACUUAAGCUCGCUUGAAAAUAUAACUAUUACUCUAGAAAGUGGAGUAGCAUCUGUUGAAGAACUGUCAAUUGAUAAUAUGACAGAAAAAGUUGCAGAAAAUAUGUCUGAUACGCUUAAAAACGGAUCAGAGUCUAUAUUAUUGGCUGAAAAUAGAGUUUUUAUUGCUCAAGUGAUGUUGGAGAGAUUUCGAAAAGAAAACAGAUAUCCAAAAAAUGAAGCAUGGCAAACAAACUAUGAAUUAUUAAGUUGUAAAGCGCAGACAUUUUUACAGAGGUUAUCUAUUUGGGGUGAAUUUUUUAAUAAGUAAAUUGGGUUUUAAUUUUACUUAAUAAAAUGUU